AUGGCCAUCUCAGUCUCAAUCUCCUCCAGAGUUGUGAUUCUUGUUUCAGUACUCGUCGUUUGCCUUCUUGUUUUCAAUCCUGUUGACGCUGAUGAGACGGCAAACAAAAAUGCAGCACAGAGUUCUCUCCUUGAUAAAAUAGACUGUGGUGGAGCGUGCGCUGCUCGAUGUCGUUUGUCUUCAAGGCCUCGGCUGUGCAAGAGGGCAUGCGGGACUUGCUGCCAACGCUGCAGCUGUGUUCCUCCGGGUACUGCCGGGAAUCAGGAGGUCUGCCCCUGCUACGCUGCCCUCACCACCCACGGCGGCAAACGCAAGUGUCCUUGA